CACCAUGCCGGUCAAAGGAGGUACCAAGUGUAUCAAAUACCUGCUCUUUGGAUUUAACUUCGUCUUCUGGCUUGCCGGGAUUGCUGUCCUUGCCAUUGGACUAUGGCUCCGAUUUGACUCUCAGACCAGGAGUAUCUUCGAGCAGGAAAAUAACAAUUCCCACUUCUACACAGGCGUUUAUAUUCUGAUUGGAGCCGGGGCCCUCAUGAUGCUCGUGGGGUUCUUGGGCUGCUGUGGGGCUGUGCAAGAGUCCCAGUGCAUGCUGGGAUUGUUCUUUUGUUUCCUCUUGGUGAUAUUUGCCCUUGAAAUAGCCGCAGCCAUCUGGGGAUAUUCCCACAAAGAAGAGGUGAUUAACGAAGUCCAGAAAUUUUACAAGGACACUUACGAAAAGCUGAAGUCAAAGGAUGAGCCGCAGCGGGAAACACUGAAAGCCAUCCAUUAUGCAUUGGACUGCUGUGGUAUGGCUGGAGGUUUGGAACAAUUUAUCGUAGACAUUUGCCCCAAAAAGGAGCUGAUUCCAACCAUCACAAUAAGGUCCUGCCCUGAAGCCAUCAAGGAGGUCUUCAACAACAAGUUCCACAUCAUCGGCGCCGUGGGCAUCGGAAUCGCUGUGGUGAUGAUAUUUGGCAUGAUCUUCAGCAUGAUCCUGUUGUGCGCUAUCCGUAGGAACCGUGAGAUGGUCUAGA